UCUUCCCGCGCGAGUUUCCAGUUCCGGCCUCCAACGGGCGGGGGGAAAGCUAGGAACAUGAGACUGUCGGUCCCUGCUGCCAUCUCCCAUGGCCGCAAAUUCCGCCGCCUGGGCCUUGGUCCCGAGUCCCGCAUCCACCUCUUGCGGAACUUGCUCACGGGACUGGUACGACACGAACGCAUUGAGGCGCCAUGGGCGCGCGUGGACGAGAUGAGAGGCUACGCCGAAAAGCUCAUCGACUAUGGAAAGUUAGGACACACCAACGAGAGAGCCAUGCGCAUGGCUGACUUCUGGCUUACGGAGAAGGACUUGAUCCCAAAGCUGUUUCAAGUACUAGCACCUCGGUACCAAGGUCAAAAUGGGGGCUACACGAGAAUGCUGCAGAUCCCAAAUCGGAGUGAGCAGGAUCGAGCCAAGAUGGCAGUGAUUGAGUAUAAAGGGAACUGCCUUCCACCCCUGCCUCUGCCUCGCAGAGACAGCAACCUUACACUCCUAAACCAGCUACUGCAGGGACUUCGGCAGGACCUCGGCCAGAACCAGGAAGCAAGCAUCCACAGCUCCCACACAGCUCAACCACCACGGAUUUAAAUGGAGCUGAAGGGUCUAUGGCCCUCUUCAGUACUCAUGAUCACAGAUCUUUGAAGCGCUUUUAAUAUCUGAGAAAAACUGGAGCUGGAGUUGUAAAAUGGACAGUCUUAAUGGGGCCCAGAAUCUUCUGGGGAUCUUAAUAGCUCUGUCUUUGCACAAUAGAUAAAAUUCCUUAUAUGAAUACUUAUAAAAAUUGUUUUUUUCUCCCCCUGGUAUUUCUGGAGAAUAAGAACCAUCCAAAUGCUCAGUCUA